AUGCCUUUACUGUGGACUCAAAGGUUAAAUUAUUUCUUUUUUAAUGGAAAGCAAUUUUUAUGAAGUUCACAUUUGCAACAAUUUAUUGUUAAAUUGACUAACACUUUGAAUCAUAAAAUGGCGGUUAUUUAAACAUUCCCAACAGCUGAACACUACAACUAUCGUGGUUCCAUUUUAAAUUACUGCUGUUUUUAUGUUUUCUAAAAUUAGGUAUUUGCAUGUAGUUGUAGUGUCUGCUACCAUCUACUGGUCAUUAUUAGUUAGUGUCAUCAGUCAUUUUCAGUUUAAGUUGGCGCAGCCUGGAGUAAAAAAAACAGGAAUCAUGUUGCAAAAAAAAUUUGAGUGAUACCACAUGAACAACUUCUUAUGCUUAGACCAAAUGUGCCCUGUUAGAUAAAGGUAACAGCACUAGCCAAGUAGUAGUCUCUAAGAAUGCUAACUAAAUGAAACCUUUUAAAUAAUUGGACAAGUAUAUCAAAACCUCUAAAGUUUUCAUGCUGAGCUACCACCUGGUUUGAGACAUUAAGUGUCUUAAUGAAUUUAAGUACUGGUAUUCACAAUUUAAUUGAUGAAUUUCUUUGUGUUUUUCAGACUUCAUCACCAACCACUGAUGAUAUGGUGGAUUCAUCUGCUGCAGCCUGUUUCCUUUCCACCCAAUGCAACUCCCAAAGUACUAGUUUAUAUCUUUUUAAGUUCCUGGUAAAAUAACAAACAUACAGGUUUUCACGGUGGGGAACCGCCGAUGGAGAUCCUGGAGGUCCUGCUGUUUGAUUUCUGUAAAUGUAUUGAACAAUAAAAGAAAAAAAAAAAAAGUCAUUUUCCUACAAAACCUUGCAUGGCUUGUGAUUCAGCAUGAUUCCACAUCAUGCUGAAUCACAAGCUGUUUAAUAUUUUUUACAGUAGAUAUAAUUUGGAAUUGAAAACUUGAGCUUGCUCUUGUUACAUCACAAAAAAAAAAUAUUUAUAACAUUACCUAAUAAAAGUCUGACUAAAAUCAUAUCCAACUAAAUCAGCAUCCAUCUCAAUGAAUUUUUAUCCUUACUUCUGGUCACAGUGGCUGAUGUUGUGCACAUCUUUGAAGCUUCUUUUCUCUUUGUCUAAAGAAAGGAGAACAACAUAAAUAUUUGCUGUUCAUUCAGAAUUUUGUUCAUUUUUAAUCACAGUACAAUAGCAUAUAUCUUAACAACUGAUAAACUAAAAAUAUCACGUAUUUUGCUGUUUAAUUUACCAAGGCUAGUGUUAAAUUGCAAUGCUACUUUAGCUUACAUUUACACCGUUUCUUUCAACAAAGAGAGAUGACUUACUUCCAAUCAAGUAAUAGAUGAUAUCUCUAUUCGUAUUAGUUAUGAUGGUAUUUUAUGUUCUUAAAAGUUAGUACGCUCACAAAUUUCACAUUAUAUCAGGAGAAGUGGAACUUACUUAUUCUUGGUCGCGACGAGCGGGGAAGCUAUUAGCGAUACCGAUGUAAGGCUGGAAGGACAUCCGGGGGGCGGGCACUUUUUGAGCGGAACGUCAUCGCGCCGAGUCUCCCGUCCAGCCAAAAACGUCUGCGUACAACGCUACUGCGCAGCUCUGGUUGCAAGGAACACGGAAUUACCGAGAGCUUUUUGGCUUCAAAUCCGUAGCUGCGUCCGAAUUGCCAAGUAGUAGUCGAAGUAGAAGUCGAAGUAGUAUCUAGCAUGUCCGAAUUGGCCACCGGAGCGAGUAGCAUGCUACUUCAGAUACUACUUCAGAUACUAGACACGCCCACAUUGUAGGUUGGUCUCGGUGCAUCCUACGGGCAUGCUACUGACCCAAAAUGCACCACGGGCUUCUUCUUCGUCCUCUUAAAAGUUGUAGAAGCGCAUGUGAUGCUAGCGCCACCAGCUGCUCUGCCUAUUUAAAUGUAUCGCGAACGCCGGCUGGCCACAACAGCGCGCACCAUGUCGCGGGACCGCAGCAGUACAGAUGUAAGUUUCAUGUAACUUCACACACUGUCCUAAAAAAUGUGCGGUUGUAUCUCUUUGUCAUGUCAUGGUGUCAUAUUUGCCCAAGUAAUCAUUUUAUGAGCAAAUAUGUGGCGACAUCAUGGAGGUAAAGCUCACUUAUUCCAUCAUUAAACUGCACAGCUGCAGUACUACAGCCAGGCCCGCAGAUGAGGGGCUUCAGUUACCACUGUCUGCACGGGCGCAGUACCUACUCUCUGCCUGCGGGGGUCGUCUUUCCCCACCGCUCGUCUAGUGUGUCCGAAUUGGGCCAACGUGUUUAGUAUGUAGAAGUAGGAUCUAGCAGUAGCACGUAGCAGUAGCAUGUAGUAUCCGAGCGGGCAGUUCGGACGCAGCACGUAUACAGGCGGAAGGCGGAACCACGGCGUCCAUCUUAUAUACAGUCUAUGGCUGUGUCCGAAAUGGCCUACUACUCCUACUACUCCUACUAACCCCGCCUCUGAAUUGAGUAGGCAGUGCGUUCACACUGUACAGUAUGCGAAUUUUGUGUAUGCGAGAAAUGCCCGGAUGUAUACUCAAUCGGCUUCGAUUUCUGAGUGUGCAACGGAGCUUGCUUCACGUACUGCUUCUGCCCCACAAUGCAUUGCGCACCUCAGCUGGUAAUAUGGCCCUCCUUCCCGAGGCUGAAAAGAAAUAGAUGGCAUGUGAUUGCAAUAAUAAUGAUAUAUAUAUAAAUAGAUAAACAAUAUUUAGUCCGUAUAUAUUACAUAAUUUUCAUCAUUUUAUCAUAUUUUGAUCUUUUUACCGGAUUUAUUUGUAUUUUAAAUUAGGAUUAUAGGCAAUGUUUUUAACUAUUCGUAUGAAUUGACUUUAUUUAUUUAAGUGUCUAUUAAAGAUGUAUUUAUUACAUCAAGUUUGAGCAUCUUCUCAUCUCUGAAUGCAUCAUCAAAGUGGUCGCUCAUAUUAAGCACAGACCUCUGAUUAAUAAAAAUUAUCUUUGGUAGAGAGCACAUGGUUCAGAAUAUACAAACGGGGGAGUUUCCAGUUGACAAUCUAUGUGAGCUUUACUAAUUCUUACUUGUGAUUGAAAAUCUGAUGGUUUCUGAAAUUAUCAUUGUACAUGAAAAGAAUGUAGUCGGGAAAUGAUGUAUUUGCCAAGGAAUAACCGAACAAGGUCAUAAUAAUUAUGUUGUGUGUUGGUCAUUUUGCAGCCCUCUGCUGCUCAUCACACGGCCAGCAGGUGGUGUAUAGCAUUAUCACCAUGGAUACACGGAUGUUUGGGUGAUUUUUUUCAUCCACUGCCGCCCGGUUUGUGUCGUGUAGAUGUUGAUUAUGAAAACACUUCGCAAUAAUUUGGAAACGUGAAGGGGGGGCUGCUGACGCAAACACCGACCAAGUGGACGCUUCGGUCUCCGAAAACGCCGAGACAAAUUUACAAACAGCCACUAUUUCAAACAACUGGGCUCAUAAUCGUGAUGUAAACACUUACUUUCUCGCUAGAAAAAAAUAUUAUUAUUGAAUGAAUUUAUAUAAUUUGUCCGGGAUGCAGUCGUUCUGUGUGGCUUGUGGUAGGACUAUUUAAAUUUUCCCGGCGCUGCGUCCGGCCGGCACGAAAUGCAUUCUGGGGUAUUUAGUAUGUAUGUGUGUAAACGCUCGGGCAGCCGCGGCAUACCCAAAUCCUCUUUGAGUAGUCAGUAGGCAGUAGCUACUGCUUGAGUAGGUAAGUAGAUAGUAGGCAGUAUGCCAUUUCGGACACAGCCCACGAUUAAAACACCUGUGGCGAGACUCAGCUGCCACUUAAAUCACUAUUGGCUGCCCCCUAGUGACUCGGAGGACGAUUACCCUUCAAUUCAAGUUAUGGCUCUUAUAUCUAGUAUCAUGAUUUUACAGAAUCAACCUUUCAGAGCUUUUGCAAAGGAUAAUUUUCAAUAUGAUACAUGAUUCAUUUCUUUGAGUCUACAAAUCAAAUGCACAUUUUUGAUCCAUGUUUCAUUUUCUGCGUAGACUCCACACUCAGCCUCUGUCACACAGCCUACUGAAGCAGAGCGACUGUUCACCAUGGACCCUAGACUUACCGGGAGCCAGCAGAGAACAAUCUGCUCCCAGCUGUCAAGAGUCAAACUGCAACUUCUUUACAAGGCCAGCAUCCAUGGUUUCACCGGCGCAGCCUUCCACCAACGAUGUGACAACCGCAGCCCUACAAUUUCUGUGGGCUACAAUGGCUCUGGUUUUGUUUUUGGAGGCUACACUAAACAACCGUUCAGCCAAUCUGGACAGUAUAUGAAUGAUGAUCAGGCCUUUCUAUUUACAGUUAACAGAGGAAGGCUCCUCAAAUAUCCAGUCACAAGCCCUGUAUAUGCUGUAAAAAUGUUUGCUAACGCUGGACCUUAUUUUGGAGAGGCACUGGUACUGGUCAAUGGAAACCAACCCGUGGUCUACAACAAUCCAGGAAAUUACUACAACUUCGAUGCUGCUGAGAUGCACGGCAAUGAUCUCAACCUGACCGAGUGUGAAGUCUAUCAAGUUGAGGGUGAGCAGUAUGUUUGGGACUUCUCUUCAUUAUAUAAAAAAGCAGCAUCAGCUUUUCUAAGGGUUGUUUUGGGGUAGGUUUGAAAAGUUGUAUGUGAUCCUGUUUUGUCAGUGUUUCAUGCUCUCACAGAGAAAAAAGGGGACAUUGUGGAUGGUUUUACUGUGUCAUUGUUUUAAACUCUGGUUUUUCUGCUCUUAAUUAGAAGCUACAGAAUUGGAGACACCGUGGAGAGCUGUGACCUGGGAAACUGAGUAAGAUGUUGAGAGUCUUUAUUACUACUUUUACUUUCAUUAUAAUGACUUGUGCAUUAUUUAUGUCAGUGGAAAAGGUGGUUAUACUUAACAACACUACACAACAUAUAGUCAUAUUGAAUGUGUCCCACACACCACUAGAGUCACAUGUUUCUGCUUGAUCAGGUAUAGUAUAAUUAGUCAGACAAUGUGCCUUUCUAACACUUUAACAUGUAUAUACGACUUGAGCAUCUGUCUUUUCUACAGGAAGAGGACAGCGCUGAUGGAGUAUAUAAGGACGUACAAACCGUUAGUCAGCUCUGUGUCCAAGGCUCGAGUCCUGCUCAUUGGACCAGUUGGAGCUGGAAAGUCCAGCUUCUUCAAUUCCAUCAACUCUGUUUUCAGAGGCCACGUCAUUAGCCAAGCUAUGGCUGGAUCCUCCACCACCAGCCUGACCACACAGGUCAGAAUCUUUACAUCAACGACUGAAGGUUUUCAGGACUGUUUUUUUUUUCAGUCUUUUUUAACUUAUACACUCUUCUCUUAAACAGUUUCGCACCUACAUUUUGAAAGAUGGGCGAGAAGGAAAACCACUACCAAUCGUCUUGUGUGAUACCAUGGGGCUUGAGGAAAGUACAGGGGCAGGGCUUAACUUGGAUGACAUCACCAGCAUACUCAAAGGCCAUCUACCAGAUCGCUAUCAGGUUCAGCUUUUGCCACACACAGUCAGAUAUUGUUGGUAUGUGUCAUUGAUUUACUGCUAACGUUUCCCUUUUUUCUCCAAUCUUCUGUACGUCUCAGUUCAACCCUUCUGCCCCUCUGAAUUCGGAGGCUCAUGGUUAUCAGGAGUCUCCCGGGCUGAAGGACAAGAUCCAUUGUGUGGUCUAUGUUAUUGAUGCCUGCAAGGUUCCCAUCAUGCCCUCAAAGCUGGAGGAGAAGCUGGAUGCUAUCCGCAAGAAGGUCAACCUGAUGGGUCAGUUCUUCUUUUCAGCAUUGUUUUCUAAAUUUUAGCACAACAUGAACUUUUGGCAUUUCGUAGCUGCAUUAUUUGUUCAGUAUUUUAAAUCGGAUACUGACAAAUCUGCAGCAUUAUGAAAAUGUUUUUUCUGCUCUGGUGUUUUCAGGAGUUCCUCAGCUGGUCCUGCUGACUAAAGUGGACGAAGCUUGCCUUUUGGUGUCAGAGGAUGUGAGAAACGUUUACAAGAGUUUCUACAUCAAGCAAAUGGUGAGGUUUAAGGGUGUACGCAGAAAAACAUUUUCUGUUUUGUGUUCAUUACUUUAAUACGGUGGCAGGCAAUCAUAUCAAUACAGUUAAUAUUUAUAGCUCACAUUACUUUACUUUAAAACUCUUGAACAGGUAGGAAGUAACAAGAGACAGUCUGUUUUCAGAUGUUAUAAAGAGAAAUAUUUCUUUGGUAUUCAGAUGCAGGAAGCGAGUGCUCGGCUGGGUGUGUCGAUGUCCUGUAUUAUUCCUGUGAAGAACUACAGCGAGGAGCUGGACGUGAACCUGAGCUGCGACAUCUUGCUGCUAAGCGCUGUUGAACAGAUGCUUUACUCUGCUGACAACUACUUUGAAGACAUCAGUGACCGAUGUGGUAAUCUCAGAACCCAAGAGUAG